AAUCAUCAGGGGUAACUUGUUGAUUACAAUGAAUUGAUUUAAGAUUAUUUGAUCUCUAGAACUGGACGCGCAAAUUCUAAUUUGCAACAGAUUUACUCAGUUUUUCCUUCGCUGGAGUUGCGCAGACGUUAGCUUUCUGAUUGUUACAAAAUGUCUCUCGAAUAUUUGAUUGCUGGUUUUGUUUUACUUGUCGCCAAUAUUUUAAAUUCCGGCGCUGAUGACGCGAAAUUAGUGCUCGAAUCUGUGAAAUUUGAAAUAUUCUAUCCAAGUGGUUUCCAGAUAUCAAUUCCAGCAGAAGAUGGUGUCACAUCAAUGGUUUUUAAUGGCAAACUUAGUAGUCAAUUGGAGAAAGAGGAAAUCGGUGUGUGGUAUGCAGACGAUGUCCGUCCUAAAAACGGUCUCCUGACAUUUGAGAACAGUACAUCAAAUCUGAGGAUUGGAGAUGUUAUUCAUUACCGAAUAACAGUCAGCUCUUCUGGACAGGCAAAGCAGUUUCAAGAUGGAGUAUACGUGGUUAUGGGGUAUGAGAAUAUAGUGGGUAAAAAUAACCUUUGGCAUGCUCCGAUGAUAGACGUUAGAAGUGAUAUGUGCAAACCAUCGAUAACAGUUGUUAAUGGAAUCCAGCAAAGGUGCGCAGAUAGUUUGAUAUUCAGCGAACAAUUUUCAGGCAAUAAGCUAGAUACCUCCAAGUGGACUCCACAAGAGCGGUUUGGUGGUCAUCCCGAUUAUGAGUUUGUUACCUACCUGAGAAGAGAAGAUGUAGUCUAUGUGAGCCAGGGCUUUCUAUUUAUAGAACCUAAACGUUUAACUGACUUUUAUGGAUAUUCAAUUUUCAACUUCAACCUUAGUCUAAACCUUGAACCAGAUUGCACUGGAGAGCUAGGAACAACUGAUUGCAUUCGAACGAAUACUAUUGAUAUCAUGCCGCCUAUAGCGUCCGGUCAAAUCACCACCAAAGGAUACUUCAGCUUUUUGUAUGGAUUAGUUGAAAUCAGAGCUAAAAUUCCCGACAUGCCGUGGACGUUUUUGCAAUUUUUCCUCGAACCCACUGAUAACGCAUACGGCAAUCACAAUUAUAAAUCUGGGCAGAUGAGAGUAGCAUUCUCUACUGGAUUAGAUGCAUGUAUUCUCUCAGGGGGUGUCAUUUCAACAAGAAAUGAAAAACUCCGGAACAAAAAUAUGUGCGAGAAACAUUGUAAUAAUAGAAAAAAGUGGAGUGCCGAUUAUCAUGUUUACAGUUUAAGGUGGACCCCAAAAUCUAUUACUGUAUCGGUUGAUGGAAAACAAUAUUGUGAAAUAGGUCCUCUGAAGAAAUCCUACCUCACCGGAGAUGACGGAGAAAAUAUCCCUUCUCUGACAUUACAAAGAUUUACAACAGAAAUGGCACCUUUCGAUCGUCCAUUUCACUUAACAAUUGGUCUUGGUGUUGGCGGACAUGGUGAAUUUUCUGAUGAAAUACCGAAUAAACCAUGGACUAAUUUGGAUCCAAGAAGUAUGAAUAAAUUUUGGAAGGAACUCAAACAAAAAAGUUACCCUCGAGGACGUCUUGUAGUUGAUUACAUUCAAGUGUUUACUGUGUAACUAAUGUGCUAAUUUUAAAUAAAAAAUAAAAUUGAUUGACACAUUAGAAGAUUACAUUACAGAUACAGAUUACAUGCCAAAUAAUUUUGCUUACAUUUGACCCUGAAUUGUUAAUCAGAAAUAUAUGAUAACUAUAGUUCAUUGUUUUUUUUAAACCAUAUUAAAAUUGGUUUACUGUCUAUCUGUAUGUCACACGUACUUUUCUCAGAAACGGUAACUUAAUAUGUAUUUCAGAGAAAAUAAAUAUCAAGUUACAGAAUAGAA